UUGAGAAGACAAAUAACAGGGGACUUCCUUUUCUCCUGAACAAAUCUCACGCCUGUCCCAUAUCCCCUCGGGGUGCGGAGCACGCAAAGGGCAGGCGGGGAGCGGGGGCGGAGGCGCCUCCAGGGACGCCCCCUGUAACGCGCUCAGGUGCACUAGGCGAUGCUCCACAGCUGCUCCCGCGCCGCCAGGGACUGAGGCUCGAAUGUAGUCCCUGCUUUUCCGCCCGCAGGCUGGGGGCGGGGCGGUCCCAGCCACAUCCCCUCCCCCGCCCCCACAUCCUCCCGGCGUCUGUCCGUCCAGCGUUCCCCCGCGAGAGACAUGGCCGGGAGCAGUGAGAAGGCGCCAGACUCCGGGCGAGGCGUCGUGCUUCUGGAUAAUUGGCCAGGAUAUGAUUUGGAUUUAUUCACGUACCCACAACACUAUUAUGGUGAUCUGGAGCGUGUGCUCAUCCCUCAUGGCAUCAUAGUAGACAGAAUUGAGCGGCUGGCUAAGGAUAUAAUGAAAGACAUAGGCUACCAUGAUAUUCUGGUCCUGUGUGUACUGAAGGGAGGUUACAAGUUCUGUGCUGAUCUUGUCGAACACCUCAAGAACAUCAGCCGGAAUUCAGAUCGCUUUGUCUCUAUGAAGGUUGACUUUAUCAGACUAAAAAGUUACAAGAAUGAUCGGUCCAUGGGUGAGAUGCAGAUCAUUGGAGGCGAGGAUCUUUCAACACUGGCUGGAAAGAAUGUCCUCAUUGUUGAGGAUGUUGUUGGAACCGGGAGGACCAUGAAAGCCCUGCUCAGCAGCAUUGAGAACUACAAACCCAACAUGGUAAAGGUAGCCAGUUUAUUGGUGAAGAGGAGAGCCAGAAGUGACAGCUUUAGACCUGACUAUGCUGGAUUUGAGAUCCCAGAUGUCUUUGUGGUGGGCUACGCCUUAGACUACAAUGAGUACUUCCGGGACCUUAAUCACAUUUGUGUGAUCAACGAACACGGUAAAGAAAAGUAUCGAAUAUGAUGAAGCAAAACUCAUCAACGUCUUUGCCAGAUAAGGUGGUUCUUCUACGCUGCUACUCAGGAAGCCGGAGUGCAGAGUCUGUCUCCACAGCCAUUAUAACUCAGCUAGGUAUAAUAGACUGUUUUAAAAAACAAGCUCCCCCUUUACAGCAAAGGUUCUUCGGGAAGAGAAGACUACGCUUGCCUUUGACUCAUUACAAAUUAAAUUUCUGAUUCCCCAAAUCCCACCUACUUCAUGUUCCUCCUUUAGUACAGUCACUAUGCUCCGUGACUCUUCCCAGGAAUACACCCACCUGGUGACUCAAAUAUUGUUCACUUAACUGUUUUAAUACUUUCAUUAUUUUUUAAAUAACAUCUCACAGUAAUGACCCGCAGCCUCCUAAGCCUGAGCCCUGUGCCUGUACUAUAAGAAUGUCGUUAGAUCCCCUUGCUAAGACAGGAGCAAAAGGACGGCUUUGCAGGAGCGUCUGUUUGCCCUGUUCUGACAGGACAUUAUUAUCUGCUUUGACAAAGCCUUUCAGAAGUGCCAGUACAAUGGAACUUAAUGAUGUUAUGAAAUGAGCCUUCACCGCAUGCGCUUGAGCUCUGCUUCCUGUGUGAGCUGACAGUGUGGAUGUGUGCAUGGAUGGACUCAACUGUGUUUAAUGCUCUGCAUUUUAAUUAGGAAAAGACACAAAGGCAGUGAGGCCUGCCCUCCCGAGCUGAGUCCUUUUAUUCAAGUGGAACAUGGGCAAAUGGUGGGCUUGAGGGGCAGAGGUGUUUUCAAAAACCAGUACUAAGCAAGUAUAAAUUGUUCCUCUUAUUUGCAUGGAAGGAUAAAACAGCCUAAAUAUCAACAGAGGUUUAAUUAUUUAGUUAAAUACCCUUAUAUGGCUUCUCACUCAAUCCAGAGUACCAUAGAAAGCAAGCACAUAUACAGAAGUUUUUGUGUGUAACACACACAUGCAUAUUCAUUAUCACUACUAUAUGUGACAUUUCCUAAUUUUUAGGGUUUUAAUUAAAAAUAAGCUCAUGAGUCCAAAGUGCUGGGUUUCUUACCUCCUAAAAGAAGUAAAUGCAAGGUAAAUAACUAACAGCCUUUGUUUGGUUCUGAAUCAUCCUGUGUUAUAUUGCUAUGUUGUAGAGUCCUUUAAACUAAUAAUAAAGAAGAUAUUAUGUUUCA